AUGAACCUGCUGCUGAGGAGAAUGCUGCACAGGAAGCAGAUGACCUGCUUAGGAGUUCUUGUCCUGCUGGUUGGUUUAAGUUCAAACAUCGCUGCUUCAUCUUCAUUCCAAGAGCCAUGACUUGGGCGAGAGCUCAGAGAAACUGUGUGUCUUUGCAGGCAACCCUUGCAUCCGUCCAUAACUUUGAGGAGUAUCAUUCCAUUCAGAGGUUGAUAAUAGCUUCAACUCACAUGUCACCAGCAACAUGGAUUGGAGGCUCUGAUGCGCAGGAGGAUAGGUUGUGGCUGUGGAGUGAUGGAAGUCCCUUCCACUACUCAAACUGGUGUUCAGGAGAGCCAAGUAAUUCCAAAGACCAGAAUUGCCUACAGAUGAACUAUGGAGGAUCUAAGUGCUGGGAUGAUGUGUGGUGCAACGGGAAUCUUCCUUCCAUCUGCGCCAAAAACCUCUGAGGUCAGACAUGCCACAAACAGGAGUGGAUGAUUGGAUAUGUUUUGCUCCUUUUUACACUUUAGUCUAACUAAAAACUGUUUUUGUUAUUUUCCAGUGAUGUAAGAGUUUGUUUUUUUUUCUCUGUAGUAUAACUGAAGGAAUGUCUAGCAAACCUAGUGUGUACUUGUAUAAUAAAUCAUUAUAGCCCAAGGUUCUGGUUUGAGUAAAAAAAUAAAUUUUUUAACAAUUAAA